AGAAUAAUAAUAUUAUCCGAAAAAAGUUGAGAAUAAUAAUCUUUUUGAACCCUUCAAAAAAAAGGUUGAAUGUAGUAAUUAUAUAUAUUGAUGUGCUUUUAUCAGGUAAUUCAUCGAUGACAAUGGAAGAUAUGCCAGAGCCUCUCGUCAAUCCUAAUUUUGAUGUGCUCUUAUCAGGUAGUUCACCGGCCACAAUGGAAGAGAUGCGAGAGCCUCCUGUCAAUCCUAAUUUUGAUGAUGAUGAAGAAGAUCAAACAUUAGAUCCUAAUGACUAUUUUAAUGAUGAUGACGAAGAUCAAACAUACGAUCCUAAUGAUGAUGAAGAAGAAGAUGAAACAUCCGAUCAUGAUAAUGAUGAUGAAGAAGAUGAACGCAAGAUCAAGAAUUUCAUGAAAGAUUUGCCGAGUAGAGUGUCUUUCCGGCGCCCGAAGUCGGAAUUCCAGCUGUGGGCACUUUGGAGUAAGCCGACUACUCUCUCUCCUUGCAGUGGUGGUAGUAUUACGGAUUCGGCAACUCACACCCCCACCACAAAUCAACCCAUCAUUACAGACAUCAUCAAUUCUGCCCUUCUACACUUCCAUCCAAGUUGUUAUGAUGAUGUUGGACUUCUUAUACAGUUUUGGGCACCCAUCACAACAGAAACAGGAUGUGUCCAGCUUGUUACUUCAGACCAACCUUUUGCUCUUUCUUAUGAUCUUGAUGAAGGACUUCUUAAUUAUAGGAAGCAGUCUUUGCAAUACAAAUUUAAUGUGGAUGGGGAUGGGGAAGAAGUAGAAGGCCUUGGAAUCCCUGGCCGUGUUUUCCGCCAAAAAUGGCACGAGUAUCUACCAGAUGUGCGACAUUACUCUACCAAAGAGUACCCACAGCGUGAUUUUGCUCUAGCUUGCCAUAUUUCGAAAUCUUUUUGUUUUCCGUUGUUUCAAACCUCUUUCCAGGAAUGCGUUGGAGUUCUUGAGUUUGCUACAACUACCAAUUCCGUUUUAUACUGGACGUGUAAAUCGUUUAUCCAGCUUGCGGGUCUGAAAACUUCUUCGUGUGAUGGAUAUGAUUGUAUUAGUAAGGGUUUAGAUACAUGGGAUGAAAUCGAAGAAGGGUUGGAAGUGGUGUGCAAAACUCACGACUUACCUUUGGCUAAGACAUGGAUUCCGUGCGGGCAUUUCAAUGGCAAUUUGGAUAAUAGCUAUGAUACGUUUGAUGUAAGCUGUAUGGGACCAGCCUUUCACUAUGUAUGUGACGCAUCUUGUAUUCUAGAUGGUGAGCUGAAUGAUUUCUUUGAUGACUGGAAUGAUUUUCAAAGGGGGCAUGGAGUUGUUGGGAGUGCAUAUCAGUCACAUAAACUAUGUUUUUGCAGAGAUAUAACUCAAUUCAGCAUAACUGAAUACCCCUCCCUGCCCCUUCCACGUGCUUUUGGCUUAACAGGUUGUUUCGCAAUUUGUUUGCAAAGUACUUUUUCCGACAAUUAUGAUUACAUCAUAAUAGAGUUUUUUUUGAAUCCUAAAAACACAUAUGGUGAAGACCCAACUACCUUCUUGUGCCCAAUAUUAGAAACAAUGAAACAACAUUUCCCAAACUUUAAGCUUGCUUCUGGAGUCCUACAAAAUGGACAAGAGAUGAUGCAGCCACAUUCAUCAAAUCAACAGAUAAUACUUGAACUUGAUAUUGACAACCAAUGGAAUCUUGUUGAUGCGGAGCAAAAUAAUGUUCCUGUUACUCGUUCAGAUGAUGCACGCAUGAAUCAGGAACCUGUUUCGGAUGAGGGUCGCAUGAAUCAGGAAGUUGCUACUUUUCAAUGCCAAAGUACGACUUCUCCACUUGGGCUUGGAGUCUUACAUGAUGGACAAGAGACGUUGCAGCCGCAGUCAUUAAUUCAGCAACCAACAGAUGAAGUUGAAGUUGAUAUCAACAGUGGAAGGAAUGUUGAUGCAGAGCAAAAUAACACUCCUGGUUCUUCUUCAAAUGGUGAACAUCCAACAUUCAGUCACGAGGAACUCAAAAAAUAUUUCGAAAUGCCACGUAAAGUUGUUGCACAGAAGUUUAAAAUGAGCGAAUCUACAUUUAAGCGUAGAUUGAGAGAUAUUGGAAUCAAGCGCUGGGAAAAUGGUAGGGGGAAAAAAAAGUUUAAAAGCUCUACUUCUAGACAAAACCCUACAUGUUCUGAUGCUCACAUGACUCAACUUAUAAGACCACCACCAGAAGCAAAGACGAUGACUAUAAAGGCAACCUAUGGAGAUGAUAUGAUAAAGUUUGACUUAUCCUUUUCAUCAAGAAUAGUGGAGUUGAAUCAGGAAGUGUCCGAGAGGUUGAAAUUAAAUGUUGGAACGUAUAAGAUCAAAUAUUUAGAUGAUGCUGACGAUCAGAUUUUAAUAACCGGUGACAAAGACUUGCAGUAUUGUAUGACUGCUUUCAAUUCAUUGGGCAUGAAUACAAUCAAAAUGUUCAUUGAGCCCAUUACCAAUAUAUCUCCUUCAACCUGACUACUAAUGAAUAUAUGUUCCUAACUAUGUGUUGAUACCAAGUAAUUAAAUUUUUAUUCAGUAUGUAUUUAUGUAAUUUUUUUCUUUUCACCAAGGAAUAUAUAUCAGUAGUUUCUAUUGUCCUAA